CGGCACAGCGAAAUGCAGCGCCCGCCUCUGCCCCUGGAAGACAGUCCACUUAAAUGCGGCUCCAGGGCUGCGAGGCACCCACCAGCAUCACUCCCCGUGGGAGGUAGCAAAUGCAACAUGCCCUCCAGCUUGGGGUGUCUACUUCUCUGUGGAAGUAUUGCACUUGCCCUGGGAAAUGCACAGAAAUUGCCAAAAGGUAAAAAGCCAAGCCUGAAAGUCCACAUCAACACCACCAGCGACUCCAUCCUCCUGAAGUUCCUGCGUCCAAAUCCAAAUGUAAAGCUUGAAGGUUUCCUCCUGGGCUACGGCAGCAAUGUAUCUCCGAACCAGUACUUCCCUCUUCCCACAGAGGGAAAAUACGCUGAAGCUGUCGUUGAUGCAGAGCCGAAGUACCUGAUAGUUGUACGUCCUGUUCCCCCUCCGAGUCAAAAGAAGUCAUGUUCAGGUAAAACUCGCGCCCGUAAACCUCUACAGCUGGUGGUUGGCACUCUGUCACCAAGCUCGGUCUUCCUGUCCUGGGGUUUCCUCAUCAAUCCUCACCACGACUGGACAUUGCCGAGCCACUGUCCCAACGACAGACUUUACACAAUUCGCUAUAGAGAAAAGGAUAAAGAAAAGAAAUGGAUUUUUCAGCUCUGUCCAGCCACUGAAACAAUUGUAGACAAUCUAAAGCCCAACACAGUCUAUGAAUUUGGAGUAAAAGACAAUGUAGAAGGUGGUAUUUGGAGUAAGAUUUUCAAUCACAAGACUAUUGUUGGAAGUAAAAACAAAGUAAAUGGGAAAAUCCAAAGUACGUACGACCAAGUCCACACAGUGCCAGCGUAUAUCCCAAGGAAGCUGAUCCCAGUCACAAUCAUCAAGCAAGUGAUUCAGAACGUUACUCACAGAGCCUCAACUAAAUCACCGGAUAAGACUCCCUUUGGAGGAACAAUACUGGUCCACUUUAUUAUUCCAGGUCUUAAUGAUACCAGUGCAAAACUUCCUCCCUCCAUAAUGCUGGAGAUUUCAGAUGCACUCAAGGCACAAUUAGCUAAAAAUGAAACCUUGGCAUUACCUGUGGAAUCUAAAACACUAGAAGUUGACAAAAUCACAGCACAGCACAUAACAGUGACUCCUGAAACAGUUCCAAGAACCACUAAACCCACGAUGUCUAGUACACCAGACAUUUCUCAAACAGCACUGGUUCUCAGCCAAAGGACGCAAGAAACAUUGCAAACUAUUCUAUUACCUAAGUUUGAAUUGCCAAGGAGCACUCCAGCUCCAAAAGGGCUUCUAGAGUUUCCUGAAGCAAAGACAUCCUUCCCUUUCGAGAAAUUUGGGGUUACUUCGGUAACAAGUGAAAAGUCAUGGAUGGCACCUGCAGCUAAAACACUGGGAGAUUCCGGCGUUGUGAAACCUCACACUGCAACUUAUGAUGUUCCCUCAAGCCCUUCAACUUCAGAUGAGCCUGGUAUAUCAGAGCCUCCCACAGCAACAAGUGAUCCUACUCUGGAUUCUGUCCCACCUAAAACUUCUAGAACUCUUGAACAGCCAAGGGCAACACUGGCUCCGAGUGAAGCACCAUUUAUUCCUCAGAAAGUGGAAACUUUUACCAGUCCUGCACCGAAACCUACAACACAUGCUCCCCAGCAAACUACAUCUAUCCCUUCCACACCUAAACGACGCCUCAGACCCAAAACUCCAAGAACCAAACCUGCCCCAGGACCUCAGACUUUGCCACCGCCGCAGCCAACGAAAGCUCCACCAAAGACCAAACGACCAGGUCAUCGCCCCCGCCCUAAAACUACACGUAGCCCAGGAGUACCCAAGUCUGAACCUGCUCUGGAAGCAGCCACAGCACACCCGGAGCCCAUGGUACCCAAACUCGCACCUAAGCCAUCCAAGAGACCUAAAACUUCACACAGACCAGACGUACCCCACAUGAAGCCUGAUUCAAAACCACCAGUGCAAUUACGUCCUAAGCCCCAAAUCACUGCACACCCAGAUACUCCACCAACAAAAUCUGCCCCUGAUGUGGUUGCAGUUGAGACCAAGGCUCCACCCAUAGCCAUAGUUCCCACCACAGACACUGAACCUGUACUUCCGAGAACUGGGGCUCCGGUGACGACACUAGCUCCAAAAAUAACACAACGAACAAGAACUCGUCGUCCGCGGCCCAAACAUAAAAGCACAGUAAGCCCAAAGGUACAUCAGACUAAACCAGAUUUUGGACCAAUUACUCCUGGACCAUCCUUAGCUCCAACAAAAAGAACCCAUCGUCCACAUCCCAAACCUAAAACCACACCCCGUCCGGAAACACCUCAGACAGUGCUGGUUCCCACCACAAUCGCUGAACCAGUUAUUGUUAGAACCGAGGCUCCAGGACCAACACUAGCUCCCAAGGUGCCUCAACACACGCCUCCACACCCCAAACCCAAAACCACCUGGAGAACCGGAACGCUUCAGACAGAACUGGUUCCCACUGAAGGUUUUGAACAAGUCGCUCCUGUAAAAGAGGCUCCCAAAACAGCAAUCGAUACAGACCCUGAACCACCUGUUACAGAGCUUGAGCCUGUUACUUUUAGAGCUGAGACGUCUGGGACGACAUUAGCUACCAAAAUACCAAAAAGAACCCGUCGUCCACGACCCAGACCUAAAACCACAUGGAGACCUCAAGCACCUCAGACCAAGCCGGUUCCUGCAACAGCUAUUGAACCUGUCACUCUUCAUCCAGAGGCUGCAGGAACAACAUUAGCUCCCAAACCAUCACAGUGGACACAUCAGCCACAUCCCAGACCAAAACCUAUACCAAGUCUUGAAGCACCUGAGCCUACACCAGUUCCUACUGCAGGGCUUGAACCUGUGACACUCAGGCCUGAGACUUGGGUCACAACACAAGCUCCUAAGACAUCCAAACGGACCCGUCGUCCACGUCCACGUCCACGUCCACGUCCACGUCUCAAACCUAAAGCCACACCAAGUCCCAAGGCUUCUCAAAUCGUACUGAGUACAUUUCCUGCUACAGAUCUUGAACCCGGCACUCUUAGAACUGGAGCUCCAGACGCCAUGGUUCUCACAACAGUCCUUGAACCCGUCACUCUUAGAACCAAGGCUCCAGAAACAACAUUAGCUCCUAAAAUACUACGAACACGCCGGCCACGUCCCAGACCUAAGACCACAUCCAGUCCUGAAGCAUCUCAGACACAACUGGUUCCAGUUCCAGGCUUUCAACCUGAUAUUCAUAGUACUGAGGCGCCAGAGACAACAUUAGCUCCCACUGAACCGCAAACUCUUAUUUUGACACCAGUGACAUCGCCAAGCCUUGAAAUGGCAUACAGUCAGCCUGUUUCUGAUAUUCUGGAAUCAGUUACAUUUAAUACUGAGUCAUCAAAGGAGACGAUAGCACCUGCCAAAACAGAUUACGUAUAUCCCACUACCAAAAUACCUCCCAGGCCAGAGGAGCCAAAGACGGAAGGUGUUGUGGAAUCUGUUCCUCCCGAGAUCACACUAGCUCUCAGGCAGACACCACGUACUACUCCCAAGACAAAAACAUCACAACACCCGAGAAUCCCUCAAACACAACCAGUGCCUAAGGGGCCCCCGCGCGCUACUUCAAGACCCAAAACGUCACCAAGCCCCGAAGUGUCACACACCACAUACGGUCCAGAAGAUGUACCCUUUCCACAUGAACAAGACCCCGACGUCUCUCAAAGUGAACCUGUUCUGCAACCCGUCACCUUUAGAAUCGAGCCACCGAAGACAACAACAGCUCCUUCAGAGACACGAGGCAUCCCUCUCAUACCCAUAAUUUCGCCAAGCCUUAGUCAAGAGGAACUGCUGCCCACCUUUGAAGAAACAGACCAAACCACCCAGGAGCUUUUCACAACGAAGAUUCCACAAGAGCUUUUCACAACGAAGAUUCCACAAACAACUGAACUGGCAAAGACAACCCAGGCACCUCGAAGACUGUAUACUAUUCCUGUGAGGCCCAGAAUACCUGACAGACCGCCCGUUAGACCCGUUCUGAAUAGGACAACUACAAAACCUAUUAGACCCAGACCCAGUGGGAUACCCAGCAGGAAUGGAGUGGGAACAGGGCCCAAGCAAGGACCCAAGCCUUCAGGCCCUGUCAGAAAUGUGUCAGUGGACUCUACCCAAGCCACAAAAAGACCAGCUACAAUCCCAGGGACUCGCCGCCCACCUCUGCCACCUAGACCCGUACCCCCACGAAGAAAACCUCUACCCCCAAAUAAUGUCACUGGAAAGCCAGGAAGCUCAGGAAUCAUUUCAUCACACCGAGUAACUUCCCCACCCCUGAAGGCAACACUCAAACCUACCCUAACCACCUCGGAGAGACCAGAAACGGAUAAAAAGCAGCCAACAGCUCCUGCCUCCGGAGAAGAAUUUGGUAAUACAACCGACUUCAGCUCAAGCCCAACAAGAGAAACUGAUCAUCUUGGGAAGCCCAGAUUCAAAGGUCCCCAUGUACGGUACAUCCCAAAGCCUGAGAGCAAGCCGUGCUCCAUCACCGACUCCGUCCAACGCUUCCCCACAGAGGAGGCCAUGGAAGGCCACGCCACCAGCCCACCACAGAACCCGCCCACCAACCUCACCGUGGUCACUGUGGAGGGGUGCCCCUCGUUCGUCAUCUUGGACUGGGAAAAGCCAUUAAAUGACACUGUCACUGAAUAUGAAGUUAUAUCCAGAGAAAAUGGGUCAUUCAGUGGGAAGAAUAAGUCCAUUCAGGUUACAAAUCAAACUUUCUCCACAGUGGAAAAUCUGAAACCAGACACAAGCUACGAAUUCCAGGUGAAGCCCAAAAACCCACUCGGUGAAGGCCCAGCUAGUAACACAGUGGCAUUCAGUACGGAGUCAGCUGACCCAAGAGUGAGCGAGCCAGUUUCCGCAGGAAGAGACGCCAUCUGGACCGAAAGGCCCUUUAACUCAGACUCUUACUCAGAAUGCAAAGGCAAACAAUAUGUCAAAAGGACGUGGUAUAAAAAAUUUGUAGGCGUGCAGCUGUGCAACUCUCUUAGGUACAAGAUUUAUCUAAGCGACUCCCUUACAGGGCAAUUUUAUAACAUAGGCGACCAGAGGGGCCACGGAGAGGAUCACUGUCAGUUCGUGGACUCAUUUUUAGAUGGCCGCACAGGACAGCAUCUGUCUCCUGAUCAGUUACCCACCAAAGAAGGCUAUUUCAGAGCAGUUCGCCAGGAACCUGUCCAAUUUGGAGAAAUAGGUGGUCACACCCAAAUCAACUACGUCCAGUGGUACGAGUGCGGGACUACAAUUCCCGGAAAGUGGUAGAUGCUGCGAUCUUGCUGCAAACUACUUCUGGUUUAUAUGGCCAAACCCCCCCCGAAAACAAACGAACAAAAACCCCACCCCAAAACCAGAAAAAAAAACCCACUAUGGUGUUUUCUCAUCCAUUUAAAGCAAUUUUGUUUACUAUGUAUUAAAGCCUGCAAUCUAAUAGCAAUAUUAGGUGUUUAGAAAAAAAGAUUGCUGAGAAUAUUUAUCAGUUUUUACAAAAUCAUUUUAACAAAGCAAGAUAUUGACAUUAACAGAGUAACAUUUUUUAGGGAAGCUGGCUCCCUAUUCAUGGUAUUUUAAGAGAGCAUUUGUAUAUUAUUUAUCACACUGUUGUAAUGAUGUUUUGAGAUACUUUUAUAACAAAUUAACAUCAAAAACAAUGUACUUUUUAAAAUAUUUACUUCUAUUGAUGUGUAUGCUUCCUACUGGUGAGUUAGCUCUGUAAAUCUCUACUUAGUUUAACUUAUUAGAUCACAUUAUCUUCCGUAUAAGUAUCUGGAGGAAAGCAGGUCUUCAUGUUUAUUUAAACUUCAAUUUUUUUGGCAACAGCUAAAAAUGUUCUGAGGCGUUUGUAUGUUCAUACUAAUGUAAAUUUCCAUGAAAUAUCAGCAAUUACUGAAGAUAUUUUGAAUCAGUAAUUUCAUUUCCACUAAAAAUGGAGCUCAAAAUCUGAUAUACUCAGUUUUCAAAGAAGUAUACUAGUAUCUGAAUCUACUUUAUCAAACCAGCCCUUUAACCAAUUGUCUUUACGCUGUUUUCAUGAUUCUAAUCAAACUGUAUGCAGACUGAAUGUGAAGUUUGAGCAGAAAAAGGUAACGCAUGAUGAGAUUCCUACCAUUUUACUAAUGACGAUUUGCUAUGUAUUUAUACAUCAGACGUCUAUGAAUGAAUCAGGGUGUCUCUGUAAUUCUUUUUAACUCAAGAUGUAAUAAAAAUCUAUGACUCAUUUUCAUUAAAAUGUACUGUUUUCAUUUGUGCUGGAAGGGAGAUGGAAAUGCUACAUUAUUACCCUCAUGGAAGGUCAUUUCCCUAUGUUUAUCUUUCAACAUGCUUCAAUUCUACCAAUGCUACACUUUGUAUUCUUUAAGUAGCUAUAAAUUCUUCAAUAAACAAAUGUAGUUUUUUAA